UUCCCCAAACAAGUCAUGGAUUUGUCUCUGCAACUCAGUUUUCUCGGUUUUCUUAAUUUCAUUUCUUAUAAGUAUUAAAUAAUUGACUAAUGACGCUAAGGAAAGACCAUGGGGAAUUUCUAAUGUAAGUCUAGAGCUGCAAGCGUAGAUUGCUGCGGAUAAAAGGACAACUUUAAUUUUUGAUCAGUAAUUAUGAGUCUCGGCUUCAGGUCAAGGGUAUUACCACCCAAAUGAGAGACAAAGGAGAAGAUAUUACACUGGAUUAAAGGUUUGAGAAACAUGGCGGGGAAACGAAAAUUCGGCUGUCAGGCAAUUGUAGCACUCUUUGAGAGAGGUUCCUUUCCUUUUCUAUCGUUGCAGCUCGCCGGUGCCGUUAUAGUUACAGCAACGUUGAAUUUCGUUCUUGGUCCGCUACACCAAACUAAAUAUAUCGCAUCACUCCUGGGUGGUAUUAUGGUUGGCCCUUCAUUGAUGGCUAGUAUAGAUAUAAAAGCGUUUCAGGAUAUGCUUGCUGAGUCAGGAGGUACCGCUAUAUUAGAAAUUGUAUCAGCCAUUGCGUUAACAUUCUUUUCAUUCCUCGUCGGAGUGAAAACAGACAUGGAUAUGAUUCUGAAAGCAAAAAAACAAACCUACGUCAUAGCCUUUGCUACUUUCAUAAUCCCUUUAGGAUUUAAUGUAUCCAUUAGUUUUGUGAUGAUGAAAACCAUUCCCAUGGAUGAAGAUCUGCGAGAUUCUCUCAUAUACAUUGGCCUGGCACUAUCUUGCACUUCUUUUUAUGAUACUGCUUGUGCAGUCAAUGACUUGAACCUCCUCAAUGCGGAGAUUGGUCGUUUAGCCCUGGCCAUUUCAAUAAUCACCGGAAUGUGCACUUGGAUAUUCACGUCUUCACUCGGCUUAUUGGGUGAAGUCGUUACAUUAAAGCCACAUUUGGCCAUAGGUUCGUGGAUGAGUAAAGCUUUCAUUGUGCUAGUGGUCGUCUACGCUAUACGUCCCCUACUUUCUUGGAUGAAUAAUGUUACUGCAGAAGGAACAACUUUGAAGGAGGGUUAUGUUGCCUUCAUCUUUAUCAUCGUCUUGAUAAGUGCAUUUUAUAGUGACGUUAUUGGGCAACAUGCUGUGUACGCCCCAAUUGUGAUUGGCCUGGUGGUACCCGUUGGGACACCUAUUGGAUCAGCUGUUCAGAAAAAGCUCGAGAGCUUUGUUACUUUUGUGCUCCUGCCAUCAGUUUACAUAGUAGGAGCUUAUCAUGUACAAUUUUCUACGGUCAAAAUGAAGAACUUUGUAGUUGUGGAGUUGAUGAUAUUUCUUGCUUUUGCUGCGAGGCAAACUGUGGUAAUGUUAGCUUCCCUCUACGACCGCAUGCCUAUUGAGGAUUCCAUCUCACCCGGUCUCAUUUUAAGCUGUAGUGGCAUAUAUAAUCUCAUCUUUUUAGACCAACUGUAUGAAAGAAAGUUCCUCAAUCAACAAACAUACACCAUCAAGCUCCUCACAAAUGCUUUGAUAACAACGGUAGCUACACCAAUAGUGAAACAUCUAUAUGACCCUUCAAGGCAAUAUGCUGGCUACACGAGACAAACAAUCCAAAACUCUAAUGUCAAGGGAGAGCUUCGCAUACUUGCUUGUGUUUACAACCAGGAAAACGUCCCUAGAAUUCUCAAUUUCUUUGAAGCCACUAAUCCAACAAGAGAUAACCCUGUAUGUGUAUAUGUUUUGCACCUUGUAGAGCUGAUUGGCCGUGCAGCUUCCCUCCUCAUCCAACAUAAACAACAAAAGAAGAAACAAUUUACACGCACUCGUAAUCGCAAUACUUCAGAGAAAAUUAUCAAUGCCUUCCACCAUUUUGAAGAACAGAAUCAAGGAUUCACAAUAGGGCAAACUUUCACCGCGAUAUCACCAUACGAAGGCAUGCACAAUGACGUAUGUCAGAUAGCAAUGGAAAAGAAAAUAAAUCUGGUGAUCAUGCCUUUUGGAGAGGUAAAUAAGUGUCCUACUUGGGCAGUCAACCAAAGUGUUUUACAUAAAGCACCAUGUUCAGUGGGGAUACUCUUUGAUCACUUGAAUAGUUCGAAAUCAGUUAUGGAUGUUUCCAUCAGUGAUCAUAAUGUUUCCAUGAUUUUCAUUGGAGGGCCUGAUGAUCGAGAGGCACUAGCGUAUAGUAUGAAAAUAGCUGAGAAGCGAGGCUUGAACCUAACAGUCAUAAGAAUUACGCAUGCAAAACUACGUAGCGGCAACAAAAAAAACAAAAAAGGAUGAUGAAAUCAUAAACGACUUGUGGCUCAAAAUUAUGAACAUUGAAAACAUUGUGUACAAAGAGGAAGAAGUAAUAGAUUGUGCAGAUUCAGCAAGUAGAAUCAAAUCCCUGGAAGACACUUAUGACUUCAUGUUGGUAGGGAGACAACAUGAUAUCAAAUCACCAAUCUUAUCUGGACUUGAAGAUUGGUGCGUGUACAAAGAGCUUGGAGUCAUCGGGGAUCUUCUCGCUACAUCUAAUUCCCAAGGGAAAUACUCAAUUUUGGUAGUGCAACAAUAGUUCCUUAUACAGUAGAAUCGUAGUCGAUACAAACAGUAGAUGUACAGUUAAUUAAAGAACAUCGUUUCUCCUUCAUUUGUCUUUCAAUUCUACCACAGGAUCAAGUAUUGAAACUUGUAGAAAAAUGUUAGCAAAUAGCUAUAUAAAUACCAACAUCUGGUUUGUUGGA